GUGUCGGUCCCGUGGCUGGUGUCUCACAUCCAGCAAGAGGUUGUAAUCAAUGACGAGACACCGGAAGAACAAGUCGAGCGCUACGCCCGCAUCUACCUCAUCGGUUUGGUGGGUGGAUUUUUGUUCCCCGACAAGUCCAACCGGUGGAUUCAAGGCAUAUGGUUGGAGUUGCUCACGGGUGAUUGGGAUGCAAUCUGGCAAAAGAGUUGGGGAUCGGCCGUGCUAGCGGGCGUAUACCGGGAGCUGUGUACUUGCUCGAAGGUUGGGGCAAAGCAAGCUGGUGCUGCGAUGUUCAUCCUACAACUGUGGGUAUGGGAGCAUCUUCCAAUGUUCGCACCUCUCGACCCACGUCCAUACCGGAGAAACGAUGAUGAGCUCAACUUUCUGCAAAAUCUCCCAUACGGUGUCAAGUGGAUAGGAGCAAAUACGAAUGACCAUCAACCUGAGCAUUCGUUACUGUUUUAUCGUUCUGAGUUAGAUAAACCAUGGUGG